CAUGAGUUUGAUUGUCAAAUCGCCUCAUUCGUUCUGUUUGGAUUUCUUUGAGCCACAAUGGCGGGUGACCGAGGGGGCCGCCUAUGUGGCCUUGCAGUGGCUUGCGCAACCUUGAGUGUGUUGACCUUUGUCGGCGCUGGCGUCCAGCAGCCCUCCAGAAAUGUUGCGGUGAGAGCGCUCUUCCCGUGGCAGCAGCUUCCAGAGGACUAUGUUCCUCCCAAGCGUCCGUACGACCCUGUCUACGACAGCCCUGUCGCCAAACGAAUCCAAGAAGAGUGGUUUAAGCCGAAGGAGCGUCCUUUGGAGGACUACUUCAAUGAGUGGUUCAUUCCUCUCUUUUUACUGGCCGCAUUCAGUGCGCAGAAACGCUACCAAACAAUACAUGGUUCAUUUCAAUGGUUCAUUUGGAACUUUCUGGUAUUCUUUUCAUGGUUCGUUUCGCUGAAUUGUGCAGUUUGGAUCCUCCCAGCAAUGAGCCCGGGCACAUGGGGCGUGAAAGAACGCAGAUCCAAUCGCGCCAAGGCCAGAUCAGCUGCUCGCAACCUCCUGGGGCGGCUCAGAAACUUUGGCAAGGAAGAGGUCUACUGAGACGAGUGAGGUCAAGAUAGGAGAUUUUCUCGACCAGACCAAAUCUCAAGAGACCAAGAGUGGCAAAGUAUCGAAGACAAAAAGGACAUCUAUCCGAAGCAAUGAUCAUUUGAACUGAGCAAAGCUCAGCAAGUCAGGCAAGAUUCUGAGCACAAAGCUCAUGGCUUCUGUCAUCAUUCUUGAUUCACCAUUGGUCAUAUGAAGCUUGUCCAAAGACAGACUUUAUCCAUAAAAAUG